AUGCCAUCUACUGAUAUUGAGAAACCUCCCAGUGUCGAGCGGAUCGAGGAUAUCGAUAAGUCUGGGGUUGAUGAUGUGGACUACGAUGAGGAAUUUACGCCUGCAGAGCAGCGCAAGAUCAUUCAUCGGGUUGAUCGUCGGCUGGUGACUAUGGCUGGGUUGGCGUAUUGCAUUUCGCUUAUGGAUAGGACGAAUCUUAGUAUGGCGGCGGUUGCUGGUAUGACGAAGGACUUGCAGCUUGGAGUUGGGACUCGCUAUUCUGUCGUGAUUCUCGUUUUCUUCAUACCCUAUGUGGUCUUUCAACCUCCGAUGACGGUCAUCAUCCGGAAAGUAGGCCCGACUUUGUUUCUGGGAACGCUGGUCAUAUCGUGGGGAGCAAUACUUGUUGGGAUGGGAUUCGUGAAGAAUUGGAAGCAAAUGGUCGCAAUCCGUGUGCUCCUUGGUGCGUUGGAAGCAGGUUACUUCCCGGGCUGUGUGUACCUUCUUUCAAGUUGGUACGUCCGAUAUGACAUCCAAAAGCGAUACUCGGUCUUUUACCUUAUCGGUUGUGUGGCAUCAGCACUAGCCGGUGUACUUGCCUUUGGCCUGAUGCAGAUGGGAGGCAUUCAGGGCAUCUCAGGGUGGAGAUGGAUAUUUAUAAUGGAGGGCGUGAUUACGGGCGUUAUCGGACUGUUGACCUUUGUCUUCAUGGUUGACUUUCCCGAAAAGGCACACAAGUCCUGGAAAUUCCUGAAUGAGAGGGAGAGUGCAUUCAUCGUCCGACGCAUCAACCGAGACCGUGCCGAUGGAAAUGGAGAGCCUUUUACGUUCAAGCGAUUCUUCAGCCCUGCGCUUGACCUGAAGAUAUGGGGUUUCGCAUUGAUUUGCCUAUGCAGCACAACGGGGGCAUACGCCAUCGCGUACUUUCUCCCCAUCAUCCUCCAAGACGGAAUGGGCUUCAGCACCGGCGCCGCACAGUGUCUAGUUGCACCUCCCUACGGCUUCGCGGGCAUCGUGAUGUAUACAACAGCCUGGGCAAGCGAUCGGUAUCGUAUACGGGGACCAAUUGUGGCGUUUAACGCCGUAGUCGGCAUCAUCGGCCUUCCGUUGAUGGGAUUUGCCAAAGGCAAUGCAGCGCGAUACGUGGGAGUGUUCCUGGUAGUCGCGGGGGCAAAUUCCAAUAUUCCCGCUGUCAUGGCCUAUCAAGCCAACAAUAUCCGGGGCCAGUGGACGCGCGCGUUCUGCAGCGCGACGCUGAUUGGUGUUGGAGCCAUUGGUGGCAUCCUCAGUAGUCUGGUGUUUCAGUCGAAAGAUGCGCCCGAAUAUAGACCGGGGAUAUGGACAACUAUUGCGUGCAACCUUGUUACGAUGAUCACAGUGGCUGCUCUGAGUGUGUGGUUCCGAUAUGCGAAUAAGCAAGCCGAUCGGGGAGAGCGUGUUAUCGAGGGGUCCGCCGAUUUCCGGUAUACUAUCUAG